GAUCGCAUGGGCAUGGUUGAUUUACAAAAAUUUUUCUGUCUCCUCGAGUAAUGCUGCGAGUUGCGUGUACACUGUACAGCCACUUUUGUGUUUUAUUUCCAUAAUGUCACCGCUUCAUUCUUCUCUGUCAGGUUAUGAUCUGUCCUGAUCUGGGCGCCACUGCCUUUCCUCAUCUCAUUAUUCGUUUGCACGGUGUCGAGGAACCCAGACACAGGACACGUAUCGCAUCCUGUUUUUCCUGGCCACCCUCACACUUGAGUAAACCGCUCCCUCAGCACUUUUUAUCAACCGUGGCACUUGGUUCUACAAUCCGUCCGAUGGCAGUCUGCGGUGGGUGGCUGGUUCCCCGCCGGGCCUGUUGAAUUGUGGAAGAUUGAUCGUGUGUGCUGUUGAUCCCUUGGGUCGCCCGCCAUGCCUCAAAUGGCCGCGGCGUCCCCUCCCUCCCGGGGCCGCCUGCACGGCCUGGUGCGCGCCGUCUUCGUCGUGUCGGUGGUGCAUUUGUUGGCGGGGCAGUGGGUGUUGUGGCGGGUAAGCAGUGAGCCCAACGACACGGACAGUUCGCCGCGCAACACUCCCUUCUGGAGUCAGGACGUCCACUCGCACUUUCCCUUCUCCGAGUACGCCGAGACCGCGGGCCCGUCCUUUCUUGCAGCGGGCCACUACUCGAGCCGGUCGGCGUUUAAGCGCGGGUACGCCGUGGAGGAGCGCGUGUCGGGUGAGCUGCCGCAGCUGCGCUCGCGCAACUACACCGGCUCGCUGUACGGCAUCAUCAUCGACGCCGGCUCCACCGGGACGCGCCUGUCCGCCUUCCACUUCGUCAAGGCGGCGCGGCCGCCCUUCAUGCGCCUCAUCAGCGAGUGCGGCAAACACGUCAAGCCGGGUCUGUCGUAUUACGCGGCGGAGCCGGCGUCCGUCGUGCACAACCUGGCGCCGUUGGUGGCGCGCGCCAAGGACUGCGUGCCGCCCUACGCCUGGAAGAGCACGCCGCUGGAAUUGAAGGCCACGGCGGGAUUACGCCUGCUUCCGGCGUUUGUUCAGGACCGCAUCCUCGACCACGCCAAGGCCUGGCUGCACAACGAGAGCCCCUUCGUCCUCAGCCAUGACGACGCGAUCAGCAUCAUGGAGGGCAUCGACGAGGGCCUGUACAGCUGGAUCACCGUCAACUUCCUCCUGAACACCCUGCACCACCACUACGACACGCCGGACGAGUGUCUGGCCGUCGCCGAGCCCGACGCCGAGCAGAACACGGAGCGGCUGUUCCGCCGCGAGCAGCUGAAGCGGCAGACCUUCGGCACGCUGGACCUGGGCGGCGGCUCCAUGCAGAUCACCUUCGUCCCGCUCUACGACCAGACCAUCGACGAGGCCCCGCCCGACCGCAUCCACCACGUCAAGAUCUUCGGCGAACGGCUCAAACUCUACUCCUGGAGCUACCUCGGCUUCGGCCUCAUGUCCGCCAGGAUGCAGAUGUUCGGAUUCCCGUUGGAGACCCCCCUGGAGGCCGUCCAGACCGUCUCCAACGUUCUCUCCUCCCCCUGCAUCCUCUCCCCACACCCCGUCCCCUGGGAGCACGCCUCCACCGAGUACCGCGUCCACGCCGCCCCCUCCGCCGACCCCUUCGCCGCCUGCGCCGCCCGCGCCUCCCUCAUCGUCUCCCGCGCCAUCCACCACCAGCCGGAAGUGGCCCGCGAGUCCUUCUACGCCUUCUCCUACUUCUACGACAUCGCCGUGGAGGCGCGCAUCAUCCCGCACGUCGCCGGGGGGCAGGUGCCGGCCGGGGUCUUCCGCAGCACGGCGGAGGCGGUGUGCCGCGAGGGGCGGGGGGAGGGGCGGCCGUUUCUGUGUAUGGAUCUGUGCUAUAUCAGCGCACUGCUGCUGGAGGGGCUCGGGCUGCGGGUGGACCAGGAUGUGGUGCUGCGGAAGAAGAUUGACGGGGUGGAGACGUCGUGGGCGUUGGGCGCCAUGUUCCACAUGUUGAACACGUUCCAUAACACCAGUAAUAUUGAUCUGGGCCGGUGAGGAUGACGCCCGACGAUGCUGGGAAUUUUCUGGAUUUUUUUGGGAUUUUUAUCGAAUUCCGGGGAUUUUUUUGGGAUUUUUCGGAAUUUUUAUCGGAUUUUCCGGGAUUUGCUUGGGAUUUUUUUUUGCAUUGACUUUUACGGAUUCUUUUGUGGAUUUUUUUGGCAUCGCGUUUUCCGGACGGAGUCCGUUUUUUUUCCAUUGCUUUUUUAUGACGAUUCAAAUUUUUCUGGAAUUUUUAUCGGAUUUUUCGGCGGAAUGUUUUGGAUUUCCUGGAAUUUUUUGCAUCGCAUUUUCCGGAUUUUUUUUAUUUUUCUGGAUUUUUUACAUUGCGUUUUCCGGGCUGAUUCCAUCUUUUUUUGGUGACGGUUCAAAUUUUCCUGGAUGUUCUACAAUGAUCCGAAUUUUUCCGGAUGUUUUAUCGGAUUUUUCGGAAUUUUCGUGGAAUUUUUACAUCGCAUUUUUCCUGACGGAUUCCUUGAUUUUCGCGGCUUUUUUUAAAAAUGAUCCUGAAUUUUUUUGGCUGUUUUUAUGAUGAUGGAAAUUUUGCUAGUUUACAAUUUUUGAAAUCUCAUGUGAUAGUUAUUCCGCGUUUUUCUGUCUCUAAUUUAUGGAGCUUUUUUUCAUUUUUAAAUCGCACGCUUUUGCUUUUCUUUCUCAUCGUUGAAAGCGUGUGUUUUCUUAUUGUGCCGGCGUCUGUCGCUGGCUGAGGAAUGUGUUGAUGAGCGGAAAUACUCAGGACGAAGAUUGAAGUGAUGCGCCACACGCGACAAUAGCGCCUCUCUCGAGGCGGCCGCUUUGUCUUACGUAAUAUUUGCACAAACCGCCGCGUUUUGUGUACGCGCACAUUUUGCCGUUGUUUGUACGCUGAUCCCUUCGAUCAACACACCGCAAUUUAAUCAGCCGCUUCAGCGCUUUUUC